AUCAAUCUUCAUCAAACAAACUCCAUGGCUAGUGAAGGUUAGCCUUCAUAGAUCUUGUUUCUUUCAUUUUUGUAUACUUUGAAAGUCUUAGAGAGAGAAAGGGUGAAAGAAUCGUGCUCUACCGCCGCCACCACCGUUAUUCAUGGAUGGUCACCGGCGGCGCCAUACCCACAAGCAUAAUUGGUUCCGUUACCUAAUUCCGGCCAUUUCUGCCAUCUCCGGUGCCAUUCUCCUCCUCUACUGUUUCCUCUCUUUUCUCGCCCCUUCUCCUGAUCAUCAUCUUCACCACUUUGGACGACGCCAUAGCUCAUUCGAUCAUACCGCCAUUGAUGAUGAUACACCUACAGUUCCUUCAGUCUUCAAAGUUCCAACCAGUGGCAAGAUGAUUAGCGACCGAAAUCUUUGGAGUACAUCGAUGUCGAAGUUCUAUUUCGGAUGUAGUAAUGCCAGCAGUCAGUUUCCAAAAGCUCAAGCAGUUACACGGCCCAAUCGAUACUUGCUGAUUGCUACCAGUGGAGGUUUAAACCAACAAAGAACUGGGAUAACAGAUGCUGUUGUUGCUGCACGCAUUCUAAAUGCUACUCUCGUUGUGCCUAAGCUCGAUAAAAAAUCUUUCUGGAAGGAUGCUAGCACUUUUUCGGAGAUAUUUGAUGUUGAUUGGUUUAUAUCACAUCUAUCGAGAGAUGUUAAGAUUAUAAGAGAACUUCCUCAUAAGGGUGGCAGGAAAUGGUCUCCGUAUAGCACGCGUGUGCCUAGAAAGUGUAACGAAAGAUGCUAUCAUAUUCGUGUCCUACCUCUAUUUUCAAAGAAGCGUGCUGUUCAGCUGAGCAAGUUUGAUUACAGACUUGCUAACAAGUUGGAAACUGAUUUCCAAAAGCUUAGAUGCAGGGUAAACUACCAUGCUUUAAAAUUUACUGCUCCCAUUAUUGAAAUGGGUCAAACGUUGGUCAACCGAAUGAGGAAUAUGGGAAAACACUUUGUUGCUCUGCAUUUGAGGUUUGAACCCGAUAUGCUUGCAUUCUCCGGAUGCUAUUAUGGUGGAGGAGAGAAGGAAAUAAAAGAACUCGGUAAAAUACGGAAGAGGUGGAAAACACUACAUAUUAGCGAUCCAGAGAAAGAAAGGAGACAAGGGAGAUGCCCGCUUACACCUGAAGAAGUAGGUUUGAUGUUGAGAGCACUCGGGUACGACAAAGAUGUUCAUAUUUACGUGGCUUCCGGUGAAGUAUACGGUGGGAACGAGACAUUGGCUCCAUUGAGGGCACUUUUCCCAAAUAUUCAUUCAAAAGACACCAUAGCUACCACACAAGAACUCGAACCGUUCUCGCCAUUCUCUUCUCGUAUGGCUGCACUAGACUUUAUGGUGUGUGAUCAAAGUGAUGUCUUCGUUACUAAUAACAAUGGUAACAUGGCCAAAAUAUUGGCUGGACGAAGGAGAUACUUCGGACACAAACCAACAAUACGUCCAAACGCAAAGAAACUGUAUCGCAUGUUCUUGGAACGAGAAAACAUGACAUGGGAAGAAUUCUCGUCAAGAGUCGAGGCGCAUCAGAUUGGUUUCAUGGGGGAACCAAACGAGGUAAGGCCUGGUCGAGGCGAGUUUCAUGAGAACCCUACUUCUUGUAUAUGUGAACAAACAGAUAAAACGGAACCCACCGCUCGAAAGAUCAACACGGGUAUUUCUGAGGCAGAUGAAGUUGUUGAUCCAGAAAUGUACGAGGAUGAUGAAGAUGAAGAUAUGGUUGUCUCCAAUCUUGAAUAUCUUUUUAAUGGCACAAAUGUGGAUGGUGUUCCUGAGGAAAAUGAAUUGGAAGAGUUGCUUUCAGAUUGAAUUUCAAGAAAUCUUGAUUUGUUAAUUUGAGGUGAAAGCCAUUUGUGGUUUGAUUUGCAACAAUUGUACAGAAGAUGUAGAAAUAUUGAAUGAGAUAAUGAUAUCGUCCAUAAAAUCGAACUUGA